GGGAACAUGUUAUUGCGCAUCGCUUGAUUUUGGUUUGUUCUUUCCUUCUCGUCAAAGAAUGCUUCGAGAGAUCCAAAGAUGGUCCAUCUUAUCCUUCCUUUCACGAUGGGUGUAUUGUUCUUUCCUCUUCCGGUGGAUCCUCUUCGGGUGGACCACCUUGACAAUCUCUCUCCGCAAUGACUUCUCAUCAAGACUGCACAGCACGCCAAUCUUGUUUCCUUCUCAAGUUCAUGCCUAGUCUUCAAGAUAGCUAUGAUCCGGCUACCCCCAUCCCUCAUAACCAUUGGUUUAGGUGAUAUCAAGGACUACGACAGACGCACAAAACGCCGGACCAAGUUGCAGCUAAAUCCACGAGCCAUGCCUUUCAAACAUCAAAUUAUUCUACCAAUUAGAUCCAUCAGUCACAGAAGCAGAAUCCAUGGCCCAUCUGCUGAUGCUGUAGCAAGCACCGAUGGAAGUCAUCUCACAAAUCAAACGAAUCAGGGACCGGGUCAAAGCGAUACUAUCCCAAGACUUGCAUCCCCUCUUCCAUUGGAAUGUGUUUUACAAAUGCCUGCUCAUGCUCAGGACUCUGACACCUCUGAAUGGGAAAACCCAUCACCCCGCUCUUCUGAUGGUACAAUCACAAACAACCAAUUUGUGGAUGGCUCUUCGUUGGAAGCAGAGCUUCCCGAGAUACACAAUGUCAGAAAGUCGGAGACAUUCGAAGAGUGGCUAAAUGCAAGGCGUGGAAAGAUAUUUGCGAUGCAGGAGACUCAAAGUAGCCAAGAGUCGGUGGAGCUUGAAGUGGGUGAUGAAUCUUUCGAGAACUCUGGUAUCAGGUGGCUUUCUUCCCCUUUCAAGGAUAACUUCGAUUACGGUGGAUUUGUCGAAAGCCCUAGUCAGCAGGAAAGUGAUCAAAGUCGAGGAUCUUCACCUUUUGAGCCAGAGGAUGCUUCGACGACCCCUCACAUUCAACCACCAGCAGCACAGAGGCUACAAGCUCGUACAAGACUACCACGCUCACCUUUGUUCUUGGCACAGAAUGCAUCAAGCUCACCAGAGCGGCAUACUACAGCUAGUUUGACCCCUAGAGUUGUGUCUCGCAUAGCUACGCACAAUACUCCAGGUUUCCUGUUUGCGCAGCCGGCUCGACGCCCUGGACCUAGCCCUCAUAUUCAAUCUGCACGUCAACCUCGCACGUUGAGGCACCAAACGAACAGCUUUUCAUUUGAUGACUCGGAAAGAUCUAGUGUCGCUUACGAACAAGAGAGGGCACUAUCUUCAUCUACAACUGAUAGUCGACCACGGCCAUCGGAAAGCCUCAAUCUUCGUCAAGAAUUGCGUGGAAGUUCUUUACAGAGUUCCCGAAUACCUUCAUUUGCAAGUUCCGUACAUAGUCAAGAGCGUCCUGCGUCAGACCGAGAAGUAUUAAUACAAUCACGAGAGAUUGAAAGUGAGACAAAUACUUAUGAGCCCAUUCGCGAUGAAGAAAUGGACCCCCACAGUCUUGUUUCAAUUGCAGAACAAUCAAUAAUAUCGACUAUCAUUUCCGUCAAUCGUUCCCAAGAAUUGCAUUUACCUCCACCAUUCUCAACUGUCUCCAGGUCAGUCUCAAGAACAGCAUCACUCCCAAGUUCUCCAUCGGAUGCAUAUCAAAGUAAAGCUUCAACCGCCAGCAUCAUUAGAAGUUCGUCUGGUGGCCCUUCGGGAAGUCCUUCAAGGAAUGUUUCUAUCUCAAGCUCCGUGAUUAGUCAACUAAGCCGAGAGUAUGAUGAGAUACAAACAUCAAGCCCGCCUUCCGUUGGGCGUCGACGAUUUAAUCCUAUUGUCAGAGCUGCUGCACGCUUGUUUUCGAGUCCCAAUUCCCGCUCACCUCCACGCAAUUCUCAACCUCCUUCACCUUCUCCAUCGCCGCGUCGACGUCGCAUGCGACCACGGCCAACUCCAAGAAGAGACAGCGAUGCAGGUCCCCGAACAUAUACUCCAUCCAGAGGAUACUCAGUGUACAAUGAUUCUCUUCCUGCAGAAUCUCAACCUCAGACGCCAGCCCAUUUACCCGAAGCUCGACAUCAAUCUCGAUACCAUCCAUCUUACACUGCACCCACAACUAGAUCCAUGGGUCGAUUGGGAAGCAUUCUUUCCGAACAUGGAGCAUCAACUCCAGCUCGACCAAGCGACCCUUUCUAUCAAGAUUCUAGCCAAAGAUGGAUGUAUGUGACUGAUGCGAGACGGGCCAGACAGAGGUCAGGUUCGCCAGCAGGUAUGUCAGAUGAUGGUUUUCGAGGUCUUUAUGGUGGGAGAGAAAAUGGUGAUGAUGAACAGAGUUGGAUUGAUGGUGUUAGAGCUCGUAAUGCUGAGAUGAGGAAUUGGCAGACUCGAAGCGAUGAAGGAAGGUUAGAGGAUGAUGAGUAAGAUGGGAUUUAUGGGAUUUAUGGGAUUCAAGGGUGCCGUAUUAGGGGCGCUUUAAUGUGUUUUGCGUUCAUGGCAAACAAUGUUGACAUCGGGAUUUGACGUGGGAGGAUUUUGGCACUAUGAAGCAGUAAACUUAUUAUCUAACGGACAACCGUAUGCAUCCGAGGGUGAGUAAUGCUAGAUGAUUAUGGUUUAUUGUAGGACGGGAAGAAGUGCGUGUGAGCGUGUGUGCGCGCAUGUGCUUUUUUUUUAGGUAUUAAUAUAUACCUAGGUAGCUAGCGAAGAGAAUGAAAAUAAAUAUAUAGAGUCA